UGCUAUUAAGAUAUGGAAAGUGAGCGUGUACAAUAAAUUUGUUGAGAGAGAAAGAUAGAGGAGAAAUCCUUCAAAUACAUGGUUAUAUAUUCAAGGAACAUCUCUGCUAGUGGUUGCUCUAACGACUUUGCCCACAAAUAGCUCCCCAUUCUUUUCAACCAGUACGAUCUUGACGAUCAACAGCAAUCAUGAGGGCAGUUGAGCCAUCCGACCGCGGAGAAGUCGUCGUUAAAAUCAAUGAGGGAGAUUCAAACAAUAAGAAUGACAAGAAGAACAAGAUUUGGAGGGAGUCCAACUAUGACUUCUGGAAAGACGAAGGCCAAAGCAACAACAAUGAAGUUCGCAAUGAUGUUAUUAGAGAGAACCCCUCAUUGAAGUUGAUUGAUCAGUUCCUGCACAAACAGAGGGCGUUCGGCGAGAUGUCUUUGGACAUGGAUUUGGGAAUGGAUGAACUCCUCCCCAACCAUCAGAAUAUCAACUUGCCUUCGGUAACAAAGUCUUCGGAGAAGCCCCAGAUGUCCAAGGAGCUCAAUAUCCUAAAUACUACGGUUGAAGAGUAUAUAGGCGAUUCUGUGCGACUUUUUCAAAAGGAACCGUCUUUUGAUGGAGAGCAACAACAGCCGUUGCAACAAGCAGCUCAAUGUUGCGGCAGUGGGUCUGAGGAUUUAGGUGGAGAGGUGGUGAGAUGUACAUCAAACACAUCAUUUCAGAGAAAGUCAAGCUUGUCGAGAUCAGCGAAGAUGAAGUCGCGAUUGAUGGACCAACCUGAAGAGCCAGAGAGGCGGUCAGACCGGGUACCCUGGUCAGGUCAGCUUCGGUCUGGUUUACUUUCGAAGGCUGUGGACGAUGAUGAAGCCGAUCCAUUCUGGGAUGAAUUGCCAGACGAGUAUAGGAAGAGGAAGUUGAGCGCUUUGACUAUCUUGCAAUUUGUGAGUUUGGUUGUGAUGAUCACCUUUUUUAUCUGCUCUCUUUUUAUUCCUUAUCUGAAAAAGAAGCAUUUCUUGAAGCUCAAAUUGUGGAUAUGGCAAGUUCUGAUACUGGUCUUAAUCUGUGGGAGGUUGGUGUCUGGGUGGGGGAUUCGGAUCCUAGUCUUCUUUAUAGAAAGGAAUUUCACUUUACGUAAAAGGGUUCUUUAUUUUGUAUAUGGUGUACGAAAGGCAGUGCAAAAUUGUCUGUGGUUAGGGCUUGUUUUGCUAGCUUGGCAUUUUCUUUUUGAUAAGAAGGUUGAGAGAGAGACCCAUAGUGAUAAGCUUAAGUAUGUGACUAAGGUGCUUGUGUGUUUGUUGGUGGGUACCUUGGUUUGGUUGGUGAAGACCCUUAUGGUGAAAGUUUUGGCUUCUUCUUUUCAUGUUAGUACCUAUUUUGAUAGGAUUCACGAGUCUUUGUUUAUUCAGUAUGUGAUCGAGACGCUUUCAGGGCCGCCAUUGAUUGAGAUUAGAAAUGCAGAGGAAGAAGAGGCUAAACUUUGUGAUGAGGUCAAUAAGUUACAGAAUGCUGGUGCUACUAUGCCCUCUGAUCUCAAGGCAACUGCUUUCCCCCCACCAAGGAGUGGACGGGUUAUAGGGAGUAGUGGACUUCUGCAGAGGAUCCCUGAAGUUAAAAAUGAGAAGUUUUCUCGGGCAAUGUCCAAGAAGGGAGAAGAUCAAGGGAUAAGCAUUGAACAAUUGCAUAAGUUGAAUCCAAAGAAUGUGUCAGCUUGGAAUAUGAAGAGGUUGAUGACGAUUGUUCGGAAUGGGACUUUUGCCACCUUGGAUGGACAGAUACUGGAUGCCCCGAAUAAGGACGAGUCUAAGACACAUAUUUAUAGUGAGUCAGAGGCGAAAGCUGCAGCCAAGAAGAUAUUUCAUAUUGUUGCCAAGCCUAGGGCCAAGUACAUCUACUUGGAAGAUUUGAUGCGAUUCUUGCGAGAAGAUGAGGCUUUAAAGACCAUGGGUCUCUUUGAAGGAGCCUCUGAGACGAGGAGAAUCAGCAAGUUAUCCUUGAUGAACUGGGUGGUCAAUGUGUUCCGAGAGCGGAGAUCACUCGCUUUGGCGUUGAAUGAUACCAAAACAGCUGUGAACAUACUUAAUCGCAUUGUGAACGUGAUAGUUAGCAUUGUUGUGUUAGUUAUUUGGCUUCUGAUUCUGGGAAUCGCCACCACCAAAUUUCUUGUCUUUCUAAGCUCUCAGCUCUUCCUUGUUGCAUUUAUUUUUGGGAACACCUGCAAGACGGUGUUUGAAGCAAUCGUGUUCUUAUUUAUAAUGCACCCGUUUGAUGUGGGAGAUAGGUGUGAGAUUGAAGGAGUUCAGUUGGUUGUAGAAGAAAUGAACAUCUUGACUACCGUAUUUCUGAGAGACGACAACACAAAGGUUUUCUUUCCGAAUAGUGUUCUUUCUACUAAGCCUAUCAAUAACUUCUAUCGCAGUCCUGACAUGGGAGAUGCUGUCGAAUUCUGCGUCCAUAUAUCAACUCCGGCAGAGAAGAUUGCAACCAUUAAACACAGAAUUAUAAGUUAUAUUGAGGGCAAGAAAGAGCAUUGGUAUCCUGCACCCAUGUUUGUAUUCAUGGACGUGGUAGAGUUAAACAGAGUGAAGUUGGCUGUAUGGAUGACACAUAGAAUGAGCCAUCAAGACAUGGGAGAAAGGUAUGUAAGGAGAUCUCUUUUGGUUGAAGAGAUCAUUAAGAUUCUCGUUGAGCUUGACAUUCAUUACCGUCUGCUGCCCGUCGACAUUAAUGUUUGCGCCAUGCCUCAUGUGAGCUCCACCCAACUUCCCUGUACUUAGACGACAACCAAUACUAAUUGACUACAGAAGCACAAGACCAAACUAAAUAUUAAUGUAGCUGCUAGUUUUGGUGAUACACUCUCAUAGAAAGAGAUUCUGAAUAGAAUGCAGAGUUGAUUUCGUGUA